UACUACCGAGCUUAUUGUUGAUACGGAAACACAAAUUGCAGCAAGUGGUUAGGGAUUGAGUGUGCAUAAAAAUGAUUUUUAAUACAAAUUUAUAUAAAUUAUACUAUUUAAAUUAGGCAAAUAAAGAAGAUAUUUUGUAAACAAUUUUAUUUUCGUGACUUUAUUAGAAAAUAUAAAAGAUAUUUUUUAAUUUUUUAUUGAAAAAAUUAUGUUAUUCAUGAAUUAUACCAUGCAUAUUAUUGGUUUGAUUUUGUUUGCUGGAAUUGUUUCAUCGUCGCCGAAAGGACAAAUAUCUAUUACACAAACCACAGUUGUCGGCUUCUUGCCGUCUGAAUUGCAAUCCUCGACAGAGAUAAAGUUAACGACCAUUUUGGAAACUUCAACCCUAAAGGAUGAAAACAAUUAUCAAGAUUGUAUAUGUACACCUUUUCAUAAAUGCAAAACCUAUAAAGCUGCUCCUGAUGGCAACGAACUUAUAGAUAUAAGGUUUAACGCAGCUCCGUGUCAAAGUUAUUUAGAUGUGUGUUGCAAUGAUACCAAAAUUACUUCAACCGAAAAUCAUAAGCCAAGUAGUCCAGAUACCACAGAUGGUGACUGUGGUUGUGUUUCCCCCGAAGAUUAUAGCAAAGAACCAAAUAUUGAUCAUAUAGAUAUUACUAAAAAGCCAUAUAUUACCCAAAAUGAAGAAUAUACUAAGAAGCCAUCUGAUGGGCCAAAAGAAGAAUAUACCGAGAAGCCAUACUACGGUCAAAAAGGAGAUUCUACUAAAGAUCCAUAUGUUAACCAUAAUGAAGAAUAUACUAAGAAGCCAUCUGAUGGGCCAAAAGAAGAAUAUACUGAGAAGCCUUACUACGGUCAAAAAGGAGGUUCUACUAAAGACCCUUAUGCUAACCAUAAUGAAGAAUAUACUAAGAAGCCAUCCGACGGUUAUAAAGAAGAUAAUACUAAAGGCCCAUAUGUUAGCCAUAAUGAAGAAUAUACUAAAAAGCCAUCUGAUGGGCCAAAAGAAGAAUAUACUGAGAAGCCAUACUACGGUCAAAAAGGAGAUUCUACUAAAGACCCUUAUGCUAACCAUAAUGAAGAAUAUACUAAGAAGCCAUCCGACGGUUAUAAAGAAGAUAAUACUAAAGGCUCAUAUGUUAGCCAUAAUGAAGAAUAUACUAAAAAGCCAUCUGAUAGGCCAAAAGAAGAAUACACCGAGAAGCCAUAUGGCAGCCAAUCAGGAUAUCUUACUAAAGAACCAGAUAAUUCGUAUGAGGUAACAGAAAAAUCGGUUACUCAUGAAUAUGUUGGUACGACAGAACCCAAUAAACCUUCAUCCGAUCAUCAGGAACACCAUAAAUGUGGUGUUUGGAAUAAAUAUGGAGUUGGUUUCAGAAUUGGAAAUGCAAUGGAUAGUGAAUCACAAUUUGGCGAAUUUCCUUCAAUGGUGGCUAUAUUCAAAGAAGAAUUAUCGAAAGACGGUGAAAAAAAACUUGUAUUGAACUGCGGGGGUUCAUUAAUAAAAAAAGAUGUCAUUUUAACAGCAGCUCAUUGCGUGAUUAAGAAAGAUAUUUCAACUUUGGUCGUUCGUGCAGGUGAAUGGGACCUAAAAACAGAAAAAGAAAUACUUAACCACCAAGAUCGUAGAGUAACAAAAGUUGUUACUCAUCCUGAUUAUUACUCAGGAGGACUUUAUAAUGAUGUGGCUUUAAUUUUCGUCGAAAAUUCGUUUUCUUUACAGGAUAACAUCCAACUCAUAUGCUUACCAUCGAUAGAUGAUAUUAUUAUAAAAGACACGUGUUACUCAAGUGGUUGGGGUAAAACUGUUUCUUACAAUAACUAUACUAUUGUUAAGAAAACAGAAUCGGGAAAAACUAAAGAAACUGGCCAAUACCAAGUUAGUAUAUUGAAAAAGGUUGAUCUUCCGAUUGUUCCUCGGGAUAAAUGCAUGGCCGCUCUCAGGGCCACUAGACUUGGACCAAAAUUCGUAUUGCACGAUAGUUUCAUAUGUGCGGGUGGCAUCGAAGGGAAAGACACUUGUAGAGGCGAUGGUGGCAGUCCAUUAAUGUGCCCGUACAAAGAUGAGCCAGAUCGUUUGGUGCAAGUUGGUAUCGUGGCCUGGGGUGUCAGUUGCGGUUUGGCAGAUAUACCCGCAGCUUAUGUUAACGUCGCCGGUUUCAUGCAUUGGAUCAAUAACGAAAUAGAAAAUAGAGGAUAUUGAACAUGUCUGUUUACAUAUAGUGUGUAUGGAUCCUAUAAAAGGCGCUUACAUCCACCAAUAUGUUGAAAUGGAAUUUUCUAUCGAAAUAUUUAUUUUUUUUUAUAUCAGGUAUAUUUAGAUUUUAUACAUUCAUUAUUGGUAGUUCAGUUAUCAUAGUUUUGAUAACAUAAAAUUAAAGAAAUCAUCACUACCGUGCAAUGAUAAUCGGUAGGAAUAUAUUAAUAUGCAUUGACAUAUUCAGUGGUACUCUGGUACUUAUAUUUAUAAUUUUAUUUUC